AUGGCGGGCAUCAGGUUCAUUCUACUAAUCUCAUUUUUCACGCAUCGCACCAAGGCUGCAGACCGGCCGGUGGUGACUUUGGAUCCCAACUGGAAUAGGAUCUUCAGGAAAGAAUCCAUAUCUCUCAUAUGUAACGUGGAGACGUCUGGGCAGAAUAAUCAGAUGAUUUAUUGGUACAAAAACAAUUGGAUGCAACGUGGUGCUGGAGAAAUAAGGAAGAUAUAUUAUGCUCAGGAUGAUGAUAAAGGCUCUUACCAAUGUACAUACGGGGAGAGCGGCAAAAGUGACCCUGUUCACCUGGACAUCAGCAAUGACUGGCUGAUUUUGCAAGCUAAUUACGUUUAUGAAGGAGACACGUUGCUUCUCCGGUGUCAUGGUUGGGAUUCCAGUUUUAAAGACGAGGCAAAGUUUUUCAAAGAUAACGCCGUGUUAUUUUCCAAGGGUCCUGUUUUUCGCAAAGAAAAAAUAACCACCGAGGCAACCGGAAGAUACAGAUGUGAGAGAGAAAGAUGUAAAAUAUUUAAUAUUUACACAAAAGAAACAGCUGAAACGCUUGUAACGGUAUACGAGUUAUUUUCUGAUCCAGCAUUAAAAUUAAUUGAAUUACCUGUGAUGGAAGGUGACAGCAUGACUCUGAAGUGUAACACAAAUCUGGCCCCACCUAAAAAGAACACAAAGCUGCACUUUGCUUUCUACAGAGAUGGUGAGAAUGUUGGGGAAAUCGGUGUGUCCGAUACAUACAGAGUGAUGUCAUCUCAACUGGAGGAUUCUGGGAAAUAUACCUGUGAAGUGAGGACGGCGUCUGACACUGUGAGGAAGAACAGCAAAGCCUUAUCCAUUGAGAUCCAAGCAAUUUUUUCUGAGCCAGUUUUACGACUAAAUCAGUCGCAUUUAACCGAAGGUGACAUCAUGAAUCUGAAAUGUGAAACAACUCUGGUCCCACCCAAUAAAAACACGGAGCUGCGGUUUGUCUUUUACAAAGAUGGACGGCCUAUGCAGGAAUUCGGUGUAUCUGAUACAUACAGGGUGCUGUCGGCUCGGAUAGAGGAUUCUGGAAAUUAUGCUUGUGAAGUACAAACUGCAAAUGGAGCCGUGAAAAAGAGGAGUAAAGAUGCAUUAAUCCGGAUUAAGGCUGCCUAUGGCCAAACCCAGAUGAAGCUGAGUGCGGAAGAGGUGGUAGUAGGGGAUAAUAUCAUCCUCUCAUGUGAUUCCACAAUGAGCACCCUUCCUAUACUUUACACUUUCUAUCAUAAUGACACAUCCUUCAGUAAUAUCACCGUUCACCAGAAGGAGGCAGCAGUGGAAAGAGUAACCAUCAGAUCUCCAUCCAUGGCGGGAUUAUAUUUCUGCAUUUCUGACAACGGCAUUGCAAAACAAAAACAACUCAGCAACACUGUCAUCCUUCUUGUAGUUGAUCCGGUAUCAGGAGUAAACAUCGUCUUGGAUAAAGCCGGGGAGGAUUUUGAAUUUGGAGACUCGUUGACAUUGAAGUGUUCAGUAGAGCGAGGCUCUUCUCUGACUUUCCUCUGGAUGCACAAUGGGAAGGUGGUGAAGAAGAAUUCCAGGGUCUAUCAGUUUAGAGACGAUGGGAAGGUACUAUACAUCUAUUCCCUCCGAUAUUACCAUUCUGGAUCUUACCAGUGCUCCGUCAGCAAGAAAGUAUCCAACAGAACCUUCUUUGUGAUCAGCGACAUCCAGAAAAUAAAUGUUCUUCAACAGAGUCCGGUCAAGGAGAGCACUUUCACAGUGGAUGAUGAUGACCCACCAGAGCAGAUGAGCAUUCUGUGGCCCCUCCUUGGAGUUCUGGUGUUGGUGGUUGCCCUCUCUGUCGUUCUGUUUGUCUACAGACACAAAGUUUCUUCAAUAGUUCCAUGGUUCCGACAACAAACAAACCCAGUACCAAGCGUGAAGCUGAAUGUGGACGGUGACGUUUGCUAUUCUCACAUUCAGAUUAAUCAUGUGCGAGGUCCUACAGAUAACAAUAGAGGAGGGCAGGAAGACUAUUCAGUGACAUAUUCCGCGGUGAAAUGUUCCGGGACAAACAUGCAUGGAACUCAGACUUUGGGGCAUGCACAGCUCUAUGAGAACUUCAGUUCCAAAGAAAAGAUAAAAUAA